AUGUACCAAGAGCACUACAAUGCUCUCUUCUCCAUGGACUUUGUGGAGACCAAGUACCCACAUGAUGACACAAUGAGGGCUCUUGGGAUCUUUGAGGAUGUGGAGUUGGUACUCAAGAACAUGCAAUUGGCAAGUUCUUCUCUCACCGCAUGGAGUCUACAAGGAGCUCACUUGUCAAAGGCUGCCCAAAUCAGGAGCCCAGUGCUGAGAUAUGUCCACAAGGCUCUUGCCAACACCUUCUUUGCAAGGAAAGCCACUGGUACAAUCAAUGAAGGAGAAGUGAAGCUCCUUGACAUGGGAAUUAAGCCCAUCAUCUCACGCACAAGGGAUGGGAAGAAGAUCAGAGGAGAUAGGGCACACGCAGGAAACUCAUGCCUCUCCUUGAGCAGCUGCUCUCCUACAAGACCACGGCUUACAACACUCGACAUCAAGAGGAAGAAAGCUUAG